CGUCAGUCAGUCCAUUCCGGCUCUAAGUUCUGCAAUGUUUUUUAUUUAUAUUAUUGUUAAAAUUUUGAACUUUGUAGAUAUCGGCAAUAAUUCAUAAUAAAUUACGUCACGUGUUAUGUGAAGUAAUAAAUCAAAUGUACUGAGCCGAGAUUUCAAUCAUAGUUUACUUUGUUGAUCCAAUUAAUCAAAUUGUGCAAAAAUGUCUGCAGAACAACGAGGAAUUCCGAAUUAUGUUAAAUUCGUUUUUGGAGGAUCAGCCGGUAUGAUGGCUACAGUAUUUGUGCAGCCGCUUGAUCUGAUAAAAAAUCGAAUGCAGCUGAGUGGUGCAGCCGGAGGUAAACAAUAUAAGAGCACAUUUGAAUGUGCUUCAGCCAUUGUAAAGACAGAAGGAAUCACUGCUGUUUAUGCUGGCCUUUCAGCUGGCUUGAUGCGACAGGCUACAUAUACCACUGCACGUUUAGGAACUUACACGUGGUUAAUGGACAACUAUAGCACAUUUACUAAUUCAAAAGAAGCUAGUCCAGGAUUUUUGAUGAAAGCCUUGCUUGGUAUGUGUGCUGGAUGCGUUGGAGCUUUUAUUGGUACUCCAGCUGAAGUUGCUCUGAUUCGAAUGACAGCUGAUGGACGAUUACCAGAAUUGGAACGAAGAAAUUAUAAAAAUGUUUUCGAUGCUUUGUUUCGAAUAUUUAGAGAAGAAGGACUAUUCACAUUAUGGAGGGGUGCUAUUCCUACUAUGAGUCGUGCAAUGGUUGUCAAUGCUGCACAACUCGCAUCUUACUCUCAGGCCAAAGAAGUUUUACUUUCAACAGGUUACUACUCUGAAGGAAUAUUUUUGCAUUUUUCUGCUAGUAUGAUAUCUGGUCUUGUUACAACUGCAGCUUCUAUGCCUGUAGAUAUAGUAAAAACUCGAAUUCAGAACAUGAAAACAAUUGAUGGGAAGCCAGAAUACAGUGGUGGAUUGGAUGUUUUAAAUAAGGUUGUGAAAAGGGAGGGAUUCUUUGCACUUUGGAAAGGAUUUCUACCAUAUUAUGCUCGAUUGGGACCACACACAGUUUUAACAUUUAUUUUCCUGGAACAACUUAAUAAAUGGUAUAAAGGCUUAAAGUAAGCGCACUAUUUUGUUAUCUUAAAAAUGAUUCAUUAUAUUUAUGAAAGUUUAUUGAAACUACUAUAAUUUUCAAUUUUUUUAAGAUAUAUUUUAAAUGUGAAUAACUUUAACUAUAUAUGAUUUCAAAUAAGAGAAAGGGUAUGUUCUCCGAU